GCUCGUGACAAAUGCCGCCUUCCCAUCGCAACCGGAACUAGGCUGGACUGCGCGAAUGUGAAGCUGGGCCUCUCGUUUGGUUCCCGAAAGCCUCGCGAGCCUUGGGGCGGUGUUCUCUCCGAGGCCGUCACCGGGGCUAGGCGCUGGGGUCCCGGUGCCGGGGCUAGGGGCGGAGCUGCAGAUGGCGUCCGGAGCGGCUCGCUGGCUGGCAUUGGCACCCGUCCGAUCCAGGGCUCUCCGGAGCGGGGCGAGCUGGAAGGAAAAUGGCGCUAUCUCCGCCAGACAGGGCGACUCGGGGUUGAGCCUGGUACCGUCGAGGUCAGUCAUCGUUACUCGCAGCGGCGCCAUUUUGCCCAAACCGGUGAAAAUGUCCUUCGGCCUUCUCCGUGUGUUCUCCAUUGUGAUCCCCUUUCUCUAUGUUGGGACGCUCAUUAGCAAGAACUUUGCUGCUCUACUUGAGGAGCAUGACAUUUUUGUCCCAGAGGACGAUGACGACGACGACUAAACAGGUCAUGGAGGAAGUACAGAAAUUAAGAAAUGGUGAUGCUCACAGCCUCUCCUCCUUGCCUAUCAGCGGAAGGGCCCAGGGAAAGCCCUCAGCCUCCCAGCUCCAGUGAAGCUUCCUGCAUGGUCCGUAACCACAGCCCAGAGUCCCAGGCUCUGGGAGGUUCCCUGAGGUGUGCUGUCCAUUGAGCCAAUCAGAUGAUGAAUAAACAUAAUAAACCUCAGCUCUGUA